CGUCAUCCCUGUCACCACCAGCCACCGAACUUGCCUUCUGUCUAACGUUCGAUAACAACAUCAAGUCUCAACCUAGCAUAUCCUAUACAUCGCCGUCGCGCGACACCUCACCAGCGAACACAUAUUGAUUGGACGAAGCACAAUCGUUCCCGGACGAUCAUCCGCUUUGUAACGCAAUGGGCGCGCCAGACCCGGAACAACGAUCGCCGGAAGAGGCUCACAACAUGGAAGACAUUCACGAUAUCACAGGACCCAUUACUCCCACGGAAACCAUGACGGACAACGAACAGCAAAUCUACGCGCCGCCACCACACCUCGCCGCUCGCUUCUACCGCAACCGUGCCAACGCCCGCCGGAAGUCGUCCGCCGCCUCCUCGCGCCGCAACAGCCUCUCGUCCGCCCACUCACGCGCAUCCUCAGUCUCUCACCGUCGCGGCUCAGGGUACCAGAGCAAUUACAUCGCGCAGCACCUCCGUCGCGCCUCCAUCAUCGAGUCUCGCAAAGCGCGCCUGGCCGACCGUGCGGCGCAUGCCGAACAAGUGCGCCUACGAGCCGCCUUGGCGAAAGCGGCGCCACGCGGAGAUGUCAGUGCGAGCGAGGAGCGCGCGCUCGCGGCGCAGUUGGCGAAGGAGAAGUAUCUCGCCAAGGUUGCGGCGGCGUGUGCGGAGGAAGUCGCGCGCGCGAAGCGCAUUGCGGAGGAGGUUAAGGAGCGGAAGCUGGCGGAGGAGGCGAGAGUCAGAGCUGAGAUGGAGGAGAGACAUGCGGAGGCUGAGCGGCGGAGGGGGGAGUAUCAGCGGAAUUUGCAGGCGCGCCGCGCGAGACGGGCGGAUAGUGCUGAGAAGAAGCUGGCGGUUGUGGAGGAGGUGGGUGAUAUUGAGGAGGAGGCCGUCGUGGACGAAGAAGCGUCGUCUACGUUGAACGAGGCGGCUGCUGCUUGCGCGAUCCAGCGAGCGUGGCGGCUGUCUCGACGACGAGGCGUGAUAUGCGCCUUCGUCAAGCUUGGGUUACAGCAAGCGAACUCCACCUUCGACGACAUGACUGCCUUGAUUGCCAGACCGGACGUCAUCCGUACCACCACCGCCUUCUUAACCCAGCUCGGCCUGCAGCAUGCGAACGAUGAGAACGCGUCGCUCAAUACCCGGACAUUCUUGAGCGCGUACUUAAUGCUGGCGCAUCCUACCGCUGUGUUACUAAAUCGGAACGGAGCACAAGAACAAGACCUACUUCCCAAAGCCACCGAACUACUGGCCAACACCGACAACACCCUGGCGAGACUAGCGGCUUGGAAUAACUACUCCCCCAGUGCGACACAACUGGAAGCGCUGUCGCAAUCUUACUCCGCCUACACCUCCGCCUUCGCGGCAUGGAGACUGCAGGACUCGUCCGUACUGAUCGAAGGCAUGGUGGCAAGUUUCGUCGAACUGGACGCUAUUUGGCAAACCGUCAAGGACGAUGACCGCGGCGAAGUAGCCUCGGAUUACCGCGAAGGCAUCCGCGAUAACCAGGUCCUUCUACUUUCGCGCAUCCGGAAGUUGGCCGGUGCCGAUCGCGCGGACCAGCUGAUCAAGAAGGCGAUUAGGGAGAGCCGCAGGAAGAGGCCGAAGAAGCGGAACGCUGCUGAAGUGCGGCCGCGCGGUGUCGAGGUACCGUCUGUACAAGCCUCGGCGGAGCCCGCUGCGACUCUGGUGGAGCCGACUCCGGCAACGGAGGCUGAGGAAUGGCAGUCACAAUCCUCAGCCGAGAUCACACGGAAACUGUUCACGCCCAUGCCCAGCAACCGAGUCCUAACCCACGAGCUAGCGAUUGACAAAGACUACAAACUCACCGACACCUCCGCCGCGCUACGAGAAGACUUGUACCGAUCCAUCUGUGCCUCGAUGAAACAAUGUUUCGAGGCCGGCGAGGGCUCGCUCUGGACCCUCAGCGCGGCGGAGAAUGUGCGCGAAAAGCUGCUGCGCAUGCUGAAGCCGGGGAACAGCAUGUACACUCUCAUCAGCGAGACGCUGGAUCUGGAGUCGAUUGCACGACAGUGUCAGGCUGGCAUUUUCUCGUAUGACGGGUUUUUCGAUUUCAUGGCUAACGUGCUCCCGAAACUUUGCGCUCCGUUUCGGGAUCAGGAAAUUGCUGCGUUAGUCGGCGGGUUGAAACAACAGCCUACGGCAGAGGGAGGUGAAUUGGACGCUAUGAUCGAUAAACUUUUCAAACUCCUGCGAGCGGUGGAUACGUUGAGUCUGGACUACACCAAUUUCAUGCUCAUGAGCAUGGCACCCACACUUGUCCGCGAGGCGGCGGGGUAUGAGCAGAGGGCUUUCGCUGCGGAUUUGGAGGCGGGGAGGAUUACCCUGCAGCGGACUAAGCGGUGGUGGCGCGAUGCCCAAGGCCAUUUGAGCACGGAAGCUGAUGGCAGGGAUCCGGGGGGUGUGAGGCUGGCUGCUGAUCGACCAAAGCCGGAGAAGGUGUAUGCCCGCGUCUUGGUGGAUUUGGCGAUCGAGCAAGGUCCGCUUACCAUGGAUGCGGUGCCGGAGACGCUGCACCUGGAUGUUGCACGACUGGCGGAGAUCCGUGCACAAGCUGUACGGGUUACUGUUAUCGGCGCGGUACUGCUUACGGCCAAGAACUUGCUGAAACGGGAUGUCCGCGCUCAAUGGAAGGCUCAAGCGUCUCGCCUGUGGCAGCUUCUUUCUAUCGAGGCCUACGGUAGCAGCAGCACCACCCCCCCGGACGCGAGCUCAUCGGAAGAGCCUACGACAACAGCGCAAAAGGCCUUCAGCAUCCUAGAGACGGCCUCGAACAUCCCUCCCUCGACAAAGCAACAACUCAACGGCACCAUCACCCGUUUCUUCUCCCAAGCAGCCGCAACUUCGGAGGGUGUGGGAAUCCGAUUCACGGAUCCGGUCCUCAAAGUCCUCUUCCAACGCCUGCGCACGCAUGUCCUUGGUCGACUCAGCGCUAGUACGUCUGUUGAGCGAGUGAGGGCGGCGUCUUCGGCGAGUGAGAUGCUGACGUCGUGUGGGUUGGGCGAGAUGACGGGGCAGAUUUCAGGGAUGGUGGAGGUGCUGGAGGGCGUGAGGAGGGUGGAUUGGGAGGGGCAUGGGGGGUGGUAUGAGGGGAUUGUUGGGGAGGUUGAAGUGGAGGGGGGUCGGGUUUGAUGAUGAUGGUGGCAGGGGACGGAAGGCGGUCUUUUGAGGCUUGGGUGUAUUUGGUAGCGUGGAGUGCGAGCAUCGCGGAUGUUGUUGUUCAGGGCGAUGUAGUUCAGUCAUCCACUUUACCUUCGCUAUCUCCUUUCGGUCGUACGCCAGGAACCAAUCUGGGUCUGAUCGUCCCAACUGCCAAUAGCGCCAACUGGACCUUGCAGCGGACCGAGAGGACCUUAUUUCCAACCCCACAGUAGAUUUUCUGACUCGAAGUUCGACUCAAUGCCC